AUACUAAAUAGUUACUACGGAAAAACGAAAUCCCAAAUCCAGCAACAAGUGGAUUUAAUUAUAUUAAAGAAAAGUCUGGAUUUUUGUUACCGCAACUUCAAUCCUGUUGUUUUCUUGUGCUGACUCUGCGCAUUCGCUUUCCCAUUCCUACUCAGAUACGGAAGAAAUAUCAAAUAUGUGUAUGUAAUUGCAUCGCAUUUGCACUGUAAACUAGAAUUUUUAGUGUUUGUUGUAGUAAAGUUGCAGUCUUGAUGCUUGAGAACGAUGUUUGUGGGAAGAAGUUUGUGGGCUGUUGCGGUUUUCUGUUGCUGGUGUUUGAGGUUGUCGGAGUCGCAGAAGGUGCCUCAGGUUGAAGUUGAUGUCUUCAAAGAGAUAGCCAACGAGUUGGGCGCAGUGUAUUGGUCAUUCAAUGCCGAUUUAUGUGAAAUGGAGAUGGGUGGGAUGACACAAACUCCUCCUCCGAACUCUGAUGGUUAUGUCGAAUGCAAUUGCAAUUUCAACAACAACACUGUCUGCCAUGUUACUACGCUUGUGAUUAAGAGUUACAAUCUCCCUGGAGUUCUUCCGUUGUCAAUUGUAAAGCUUCAGUACCUCGACCAUGUUGAUUUUGCAUAUAAUCUCCUAACUGGUACGAUCCCGGAAGAGUGGGCUUCAAUGCAACUUAAUUUUAUCUCUGUGCUCGUAAACCGUUUAUCUGGAAAAAUACCAAACUAUCUGGCAAACUUUACUAGCCUCACAUACCUGAACAUCGAGGCAAACCAAUUCUCGGGGGCUAUUCCUCCUGACAUUGGAAGAAUGGCAAAUUUAACGAGCCUGCUCUUGUCGUCCAACCAACUGACAGGGGAGCUACCGAAUUCGCUUGCAAAUUUAACAAACCUAAAAGAUUUUAGGAUAAACGACAACAACCUAAGUGGACCAAUACCCGACUUCAUUAAGAACUGGAAGCAACUUACACAUCUAGAAAUGAUUGCUAGCGGACUAGUGGGCCCCAUUCCUUUGAACAUAUCUCUUCUUGAUACGUUAGAAACUCUGAGGAUUAGCGACCUAAAAGGGCCGUCUCAGGGAUUUCCUUUGCUGAGGAGCACUACAGGCCUAACAUCGCUGAUACUGAGAAACUGCAAUAUCACUGGCGAAAUUCCUGCGUAUGUAUGGAAGCUUAGACUUCUGGAGAUGUUGGAUGUCAGUUUCAACAUGUUAGAGGGCACGAUUCCUAGUCACAUCGCACGAAAACUGAAAGUAGUGUUUGUGACCGACAACAGGCUGAGUGGAAAGAUACCUGACACACUAUUGAAGGACGGAGGCAAUAUCGAUCUGUCCUACAACAAUUUUACUUUGCAAGGCCCCGAGGAACCUGCUUGUCGACUAGACAUGAAUCGAAACGUAAACUUAUUCAAAGGCUCAUCUCAACUGGAUACAUUGAAACGAACUCUUCCGUGCAUAGAAGAUGUCGUCUGCCCCAGAUAUAAAUGUUCGUUGCAAGUUAACUGUGGUGGAUAUGACUUGCACGUCAAAGAAACAGAUAGAAAAGUUAUAUACGAAGGAGAUGGUGGAGUUGAUUCUGACAGAUAUCUAAGCGCCAACUACUGGGGCUUUGUUAGCACCGGUGACUUCUUAGACGAACCUUCUUACCAGAGAUCACGUGCAGUCAACAUUCCCACGCCAAAUAUCCCAGAAUUGUACAGUAGUGCCCGCCUUAGCCCUCUUUCGCUUACGUAUUUCCAUUAUUGCUUGGAGAAUGGGGUGUACAAUAUAAGCCUGCACUUCGCUGAGAUAAUUUUCACAAACGACAACAGCUCGUAUUACAGUCUUGGAGAGCGGAUGUUCGAUAUAUACAUUCAGGAGAGAUUAGUGCGAGAAAACUUCGACAUUGAAGCUGAGGCUCGUGGAGCUCAAAAGCCUGUUGCAAGACACUUUAGUGCUAACGUGACUAAUAAUACGUUGGAGAUCCGGUUUUACUGGGCUGGUAAAGGGACUACUCGGAUUCCCAACAGAGGGGAUUACGGUGCUCUUAUCUCAGCUAUCUCAGUCGAUCCAACUUUUAAGGUGUGUUCAUAUGGAAACAAGAAGCAUGUAACUGCAUAUGUAACAGCUGCAGUUUUGCCAGUGUUUGUUGUUCUCUCAAUAUUCGGAAUCCUUUGGUGGAAAGGUUACUUGACUGGCCGAAAACACGGUAGAAAUGAUCUCGAAGGUCUAGAACUGCAAACGAUCGUGUUGACACUCAAACAGAUUCGAGCUGCUACUGACGAUUUUGACGCUGCGAAUAAAAUUGGAGAAGGUGGUUUUGGCUCAGUAUAUAAGGGUCAACUGCCCGAUGGCACUGUCAUUGCAGUGAAGCAACUCUCGUCUAAAUCAAGACAAGGGAAUCGCGAGUUUUUGAACGAGAUUGGCAUGAUUUCGUGUUUACUGCACCCGAAUCUUGUGAAGCUAUACGGAUGCUGCAUUGAAGGCGAUCAAUUGCUGGUGGUAUACGAGUACAUGGAAAACAAUAGCCUUGCACACGUCUUGUUCGAAUCAAACGGGAGAAGCCAAAUGAUGCUAAACUGGCCAACGAGGUUCAAGAUCUGCGUUGGAAUUGCAAAAGGGCUAGCUUUUCUCCACGACGAAUCAAGGCUGAAAAUCGUGCAUCGAGACAUCAAAGCCACAAACGUGCUGCUGGAUAGCGAUCUGAAUGCUAAGAUAUCCGAUUUUGGACUGGCUCGUCUCAAUGAAGACGAGAAGACACACAUUAGCACGAAAGUUGCUGGAACAAUAGGAUACAUGGCGCCCGAGUAUGCACUGUGGGGUUAUCUGACCGAUAAAGCAGACGUCUACAGCUUUGGAGUCGUGCUUUUGGAGAUAGUCAGUGGAAAAAGCAACAACAACUACAUGCCUAGUCACAAUUUCAUCUGCCUUCUUGAUUGGGCGAGCCACUUGAACGAGAGCAAGAACAUCGAUGACCUCAUUGAUCCGAGGCUGAAUGAUGCUGGUGGUGCCAACAGAGAGGAGAUAGAGAGAGUGGUGAAGAUAGCUCUGCAGUGCACGAAUUCAACUCCCUCCGUGAGGCCAACGAUGUCAGAGGCCGUUGAGAUGCUCGAGGGAAAAAUGGACAUUCCCGUUGUAAUGCCCGAGGGGAGCACGUACACUAACGACGUGAGGUUCAAAGCCAUGAAGGACUUUAAGCAGGAGAGGCUGAGUGCGAGCAGUGCUACGAGGGGAGGUUUCCAGAUUUCGACGACGAUACGAACCUACUCUUCAUCCACCUCUGGUUUUAAUGAAAUCAGUGAAGAUAGUAUACCUUAUUGAUGAAUGAUUUCUAUUUUCUUGCUGUGUUAUAUUUUAGAUGUAAUGUAAUUUAGUGUAUUUUUUUUGGCGGGAGAGGUUAUUUAUUUGUACAGUUUGUACAAAUUAUUGCACAUAUAUUCCUGCACAGUCAAUUCAAUUUUGUUGGAUUUAA